GGAAACAGAUGAAAGAGAGCCUCCGGCGCGGCGUAAUUGACAUUCUUUCCAAUCACUUUCGCUUCUUUCUGCUGUCGUCGUCGACGUCUCUGUGUGAAGGCGGCUGAAGGGGGUCCCCGGCCGCUGCACCCACCGCGUCAUCCUGCCGGAGGAUUGCAAGAGGAGUGUAAUACUGCUCUUAAUCUGACUACCUCAACUGCCUCCGAUCGUCUCCCACUUUAUCUCCGUUCCCUGCUUGAAGUGAUGGGCUAUACAAGGGAACAAUUGCUAGCUCAUUUACAGGAGCUUCGAAUUAAUUUUACCAAGUAUGAUCACCCUGUUGUUUUGACAGUUGAAGCUCAGGCAAAAUAUGUUGGAGAUGUCGGUAGUGCACUCAGUAAAAACUUGUUCCUGAAGGACAAGAAACACAGAUAUUAUAUUAUCUCUGCCCUGCCAGAGACAAAAGUAGAUCUGAAAGUUCUUUCUCAGAGACUUGGUCUGGGCAAAGGUGGUCUGAGAAUGGCACCUGAAGAGGCACUGGGUGAGAUUCUGCAGGUACCACUGGGCUGUGUCACACCUUUUGCCCUGGCAAAUGAAUCUGCAAGGAAUGUCUCUUUGAUUCUUGAUCAAGGUUUUAAGUCCCAGGAGAGCUGCAUCUUUCACCCACUGGCGAAUGACACUUCAAUCUCUCUUCAGGCAAAGGAUCUCAACAAGUACCUCAUGUCCAUUGGGAGAGAACCCGCAUAUGUUGACUUGGAGGCUAACCCCAGAGUAGGGAAGGACCAGCCUCCAGAUUUAGCUGCUCUUGUUCCAUCUGAAAGCAUAGAUCUUCCAGAUUCUACAGAGAAGAUAGGUUCAUUGGAAAGUCUGCCUCAGCAUCAUAUCCCUGCAGACCCUAAACCUAAAGAAGUGAAAGCCAAACCAACGAAGGCUCCAGCUAAAGUGGAAAAAGCCAAGGACAAAUCAUUGGUUGGGUCUAUACCGCCCGUUCCAUUCUCUGAUGCUGGCCAGUUUGUGGAAGAAAUUCUUGACAAGACAUCAGCCCUGUUACUUGCGGAGAUCACAGGAGAUUCAAUCAAGCAACAUGGAGAACAGCUGGGGUCUGUGGUUUCAAAAACUAUCAGGAAACAUCUUAGUGCAGAGUUGAAGAAUCUUGCUGUAAUGUUCAAGAACACAGCUUAUACGGAAGGUUUCUCUGCAGGAAUCCACUACCAACCCAAGCGGGUGUGAGCUACUUGCAAUUGGUCCAUCGAUUAACAUACCAUCGUCAUUGUUAUUGUGGUUUCUGGAUGUUAUUUAUAGAAAGCUAAUCGGCAAUUGAGGUACUAUUUUUCGAUAAUUUGGAUAUUUAUUACGGAUUGAAGUUAUUCUCAUGUUUGAUCGAGUUGUCAGUUAAAUAACUGAUUCAGUUUCUGAUCUUC